AAAGUGGUCUCUCUUUCGGUUAAACCAGAAACCACAGCAACAAAGGUUAUGCCAAAUAAAGAGAGGAUCUAGAAAGAGAAAAGGUCAUGCAUCUUUUCUGAUAUAACAAGAACACGAUUCCUCUAGCUUUAAACCUACCUCAUCUCGUUUCACUUCUCCUCCCCUUUUUAAUGCACCCAUGAAAUAUGUGAAAAGAAGAGUACGUUUUGGUUUCUGUUCUUAAUUCUGGCGAUCGAUGGUUAGGAUGGCUGUUCAGGGACAGUUUUACCAAGAAACUACAGGUUUUCCCAUGACUGGCCAACAGGAUCCACCUUUUGGGUUUGUUGACGACUUUCGUUUUAGCCUUCAUCAAUAUCCUCAACACAGUCAGUUUCCUCUUCAGCGGAGCACUCAAAAGUUUUGCAAUUUUGAUAGCAACGAAGGGGUUACAUCUUCUUCGAGUUGCAAUAGCUUCCCUCCAAUGGCCUUUUUUCAAUCUUUGGAUGCUCAGUUUAAGUUGGAGAGCCAGGAGAUAGACCACAUUCUUCAUUUACAGUACGAAAGGUUGAGACUAUCUCUGCACGAGCAAAGGAAGCAAGAACUUGCAGUCAUCUUGAGUAAUAUAGAAUCGAAAACGUCGAGUUUGAUUAGGCAAAAAGAAGACGACUUGGCACGAGCAACAAUGAGAACAAUGGAGCUCCAAGAAUGCGUGAGAAAAGCCGAAACGGAUAGCGAAACAUGGCGAAGGAUAGCCAAAGCAAGCGAAGCCACGGUGAUAGAUCUAAACAACAGGCUCGAGCAGGUCAAAGAGAGAGUGGUUUUGGAGAGGAAUACAACCGAAGAUGCAGCGUCGUUUUGUGGUUCAUGUGAGAGAGAGGAUGUAGGACAAGAAGAGGUAAAAAGGAAUAGCAAAAGCAUGACUUGUAAGGGCUGUUACUCUCGUAGCUCGUGUGUUCUUUUUCUUCCUUGCAGACAUCUCUGUUCCUGCAAGUAUUGUGAAGCUUUUCUUGAAUCUUGUCCCGUGUGUAACACUGUUAAGGACAAGAGCAUGGAGAUUUUCUUGGUCUAAAACAAGGAAGCAAAAAGGAAAAGCAAAAAGACCGAAGGAAAGGAAAAUGCUUGUGAGAAAGAACUCACACGUUGAUACGGAUACCUGUACCGUCAUCAUAUCAUAUUUUAUCGUUUUAUGUUUUCUCUACUUUUUUCCCGGGGUCCAAUAUCGGAUUCUUUUGUACUGCAACAGUUGUACAUGUAUCGAAAUGAUGAUGACAGUAUAGUAAAGAAUCUUCUCCUUUUUCCUCU